GUCGGUUCCUUGAAGUGGAGCUGAAUAAACCUUGAGAAGAGUCUCCUUCAAUCUGCUGUUAGUAACUAACACACACACACACACACACACACUCACUCAGUCACUCACUCACACACCGAGACUCAAUUACUGCCCAAUUCCCUUCUUUAUCACUCGUCCUCGACCUCUUUCAUAACCAAAAGCGACUAUAGAGGGGGAAAAAAGAAGAAGACCGAGUCGAAGUGUUAGCAGAACUAAAAAACCCACGUUGGAAAUAAGUAAGAGUCGAAACUAAACAAAAUAAGGUGUUGCAGCAGUUAUGACAAGGAGCUGAAGACAUCUCUAACAAUAUGGAGUCUGGAGAGCGGCUGGCCUCCCCUGCGCCCACCCUGUCUGCUGCUCGCACCUCCUCCCCUGCGGCCUCUUCCUCCUCCUCUUCGUCCUCUUCAUCAUCCCCUGCUCCCCACUCAAAGAGCAGCCUGGCCCCGAGUCCCUCAGCACUGGGAUCCACCCUAAACACCUCUGGCCGUCUGUUUGGAGCAGCAGGAGAGCAGCCCUUCAUUGGCUCCACAUUGUCAAGUGCCUUCCCUUUGGUCAACCACCCAGCCUUCGGAGCCCUGUACACUGCCGGAGCAGGCCGGCCGGAGUUUGGAGGCCUGGGCUCCCUGGGCUCCCUGGGCAUGUCAGCUGCUCUGGCUACCCACCCACAGCUAGGAGCUCUCUCUGAGUGGUGGCGAGCUGCUGAAGCCCACGGAAGGGGAGCUGCUGCCUACCUCCCCUCUUUCAUCAGCUUUCCUCCUUUCUUCGCCCCGCACAUUCAGCCCAACCACAUCGCCAGUCCAGUUCAGAUCCGGAUGCCUGGCAAGAAUAGCCACGGCCCACCCAAAGGGGUGAACGGGGCAGUGAAUGGCAGUGGGAUCUGUCCUCCCUCUACACAACCGAGCAGCUUUUCCACAAGUCCAGCUCCUGUCCAGGCAUCGAGCAAGACUACCAAAAAUUCAAACCCUGCUAAUAGUCACUGUAGCAGUCCUCAGAGCAAUCCGGCAGAGUUGGCGGAAAAGCCGAUCGAGAAACCGAAAGAGAAGAAGCCACGCAAGAAGCCAGCGGACACUUCUGUGGCGAGCAACAGCGAAUCUGGCACAUCCUCCGACAGCUCCAGCGACGGCUCCCUCAGCAGUGAUCUAGAAGACCUUGCAGAGGACGAUGAAGACGACGAUGACGAUGACGAGGACGACGAGGACGAGGACAAGCAGAGUGAAUUGUCGGACUCUGAGAAGAGGACAAAGAAGAAAACAAAGGUUUUGAUACCCAGCACUGGAACUGCAAAGGCUGACAGAGCACUCUGUGGGAAAACACAGGGCAAGAAAGACACACAAACCCAGAAGGUUCCCUCCAACCCCCCAAACCUUGUCCCGUUACCCCGCUCUGCGUCCCCUCCUGCCUUGUCCCAAACAUCACCGCUGGCUCUGCACGGCUCCCGCUCUUGGACAGAGGGAUCACAGCAACACUUCAGUGUGAUCCAGUCCACUGGCCUGGCUGUCAGCUCAAAGCCCCUGGCUCUCCUCGCUCAGUCCCGCAGGGAGACCUCGCCGUCUUCCUCACCCAUAGCCCUCACCACAUCUCCAAAGGCACUCUCCAGCAACGCCUCGCCCAAACCUCCCAAACUGCUGCCCUCCUCCUCCCCCCAGCACCUGCCCCUCUCCCUCUGCUCCUCCCCUAAGCCUCUCUCUGUCCCCUCCCCCCCCCACUCAACUUACCCGCUGUCUACCUCCCCGAACCCCUUUGGCUUGACCUCACCUGUGACGAGCUCCCAGAAGUCAUCGCUGAAGCCGCCCCAGCACGCUCUUCCCGGCGUCAGCAAAUCCAGCAAAAGGAAAUUGCUGGAAGCUUCACUCGCGCAGAUCAGUGAGUUCAGGCUCAAACAGACUCUCAUGUCCCAAGGGCAGACAUUCCCAGCUGAGCUAAAGAAGCAGCAGCAGGGGCCAAACAAGUCUCCCAAGAGGACGUCUCUGUCUUCAUCGCCAUUGCCACCUGCUCCGCUUCAUCCACCCCAGAACAAUCACUCCAACCUCUUCCUCUCGAGUGCCCUGCUGGGGCUCCCUGAACCCCACCACCCAAACGGAGUCAUCCAAAGCACCACUCAGGACGCACCUUUGGCCCUCAUCAGCAAACCUCGCAAAGACUCAGCCUCUAAAGGCAAGUCCCCUCAGUGCGACUCCGAACCUGGGUCAAUGCCUGUCAAUCUGAGCACAGGGGCGAGCAGGACCCAGGCCAGUGCCCAGGCUGGGUCUCUGUCACAGCCCUCCACUACCUCACCCCAUGCAACAGGCCAUGGAUCUAGAAAGAACAAGUCCCCCAAGGGUAAGGGACAGACACCAGGGCUCGCACAGGGACCGGGACAGGGACCAGCAGACCCUUUAGCUGCCUGGAAGGGCUUCUCUCAGAACCACCUGGUACAAUCUCUUGUAGAUUUGUUUCGUGGAGGAGAGUCUGGGAUCGGGAUUCCUGGAGUGAGCAUCCCUGGAGUUGGCAUUCCUGGGGUGGGGAUUCCCGGGACGUGUAACCCCACAGCUGGUCUCCCUGCUAACAAGGAAUCCGACGACUCCGGAGAUGACGACGACGAUGAGGAUGACGACCUUGACGACCUUGAGGAGGAGGAGGAAGAGGAGGAGGAUGAGGAGGACUCAGAUGACAGUCUCUCAGAGUCGGACAGUAACUCAGACAGCGACGUCUCUGGGAAGAAAUUGAAGGAGUUAAAGCUGCUGCCAUCUGGAUCAUCUAAAAAGGAGAUGACUCCCCACAGGCUAACCAAAGGCCCUGAACUACUGAACACCUCAACCAAUCACACCUCCACCAGCUGCUCCCCUCUCAACCUACAAGUCAUCAAGACUCCCACUAUUGUCACCAGCUCCAGUGCCUUGGCCUAUCAUAGCUCUCCAGGCUCAUCCUCCUAUAGCUUAGCCUCCUCUCCAUUAGGCUUAGGGAAGAGGAAGAGGGUGAUGGAUGAGAAGGAGUUGAUGAUACCUCUGGAGCUGGGAUGGCGGAGAGAAACAAGAAUCAAAUCAGUGGCUGGACGGCCGCAGGGCGAGGUGGCCUACUAUGCCCCAUGUGGCAAGAAACUAAGGCAAUACCCAGAUGUAAUGAAGUAUCUAUCCAGAAAUGGAAUAAGUGGCAUCACGCGUGAUAAUUUUAGCUUCAGUGCAAAGAUAAGGGUUGGUGACUUCUAUGAAGCCAGAGAAGGACCCCAGGGUUUACAUUGGAGCCUGUUGAAGGAAGAGGAAGUCAUUCCUCGUAUUUUGGCAAUGGAAGGUCGCAGGGGUCGCCCCCCAAAUACGGAGCGCCAGUUAUCGGGUGACGGCGCCAACGGUAGCCGUCGGAGGAAGGGACGGCCCCCGAAUGUAGGCAGUCCGCUGGGGAAUGAGGGCCCCAGUCCCAGUGAGGUCAAACUUCUGCGCAAACUAGAGGCUCAAGAAAUAGCCCGACAGGCCGCGCAGAUGAAAAUGAUGAGAAAACUGGAAAAGCAAGCGCUGGCACGUGCAGCCAAAGAGGCUCGGAAGCAGCAAGCUAUCAUGGCAGCAGAGGAGAGGAGGAAGCAGAAGGAGCAGAUCAAGAUUCUCAAGCAGCAGGAAAAGAUCAAGCGAAUUCAGCAGAUUCGGAUGGAGAAGGAACACAGGGCGCAGCAGAUUUUGGAGGCCAAACGCAGGAAGAAGGAAGAAGUGGCCAAUGCCAAAAUAUUGGAAGCUGAAAAACGAAUAAAGGAGAAAGAGUUGAGGAGACAGCAGGCGGAGCUGCUCAAACACCAGGAGUUGGAGAGGCAUAGACUAGAUAUGGAGAGGGAGAGGAGGAGGCAACAUGUAAUGCUGAUGAAGGCUGUCGAGGCUCGCAAGAAAGCAGAGGAGCGCGAGCGCUUGCGGCAGGAGAAAAGGGACGAGAAGCGUCUGAACAAAGAGCGUAAACUGGAGCAACGGAGGCUGGAGCUGGAGAUAGCGAGGGAACUGAAGAAGCCAAAUGAAGACAUGUGUCUGUCUGAUCACAAGCCUCUGCCCGAGUUCUCCAGGAUUCCUGGACUCAUCCUGCCAGGACGCGCCGUGUCAGACUGCCUGAUGCUGAUGCAGUUCCUGCGGGGCUUCGGUAAGGUUCUGGGACUCGAUUUGAACUCGGACGUGCCCACACUGGGCAUGCUGCAGGAGGGUCUGCUCAAUGUGGGGGACAGCAUGGGUCAAGUCCAAGAUCUUCUCGUCAAACUGCUUUCUCUGGCAGUCUGUGAUCCUGGGUUGCCACCUGGACAGAAGACAAAAACCAUGUUGGGGGACCACCUGACCAAUGUUGGCAUCAACAGAGAUAAUGUGUCGGAGGUGCUACAGAUGUACAUGGGCGCCCAUUGUGCCAACACAGAACUGGCUCCUCUCGCCCUCAGUCUGAAGACCAAGGCCUUCCAGGCCCACACGCCUGCCCAGAAGGCCUCUAUUCUGGGCUUCCUGGCUAAUGAGUUAGCCUGCAGCAGAGCUGUUAUCAGUGAGAUUGACAAGAGUCUGGAUCAGAUGGCAAACAUGAGGAAGGACAAGAUCAUCAUGGAGGGAAAACUGAAAAAGCUCAGGACGAUUCACGCCAAACGCACUGGGAAGAGGGAGGCCAGUAUGGGCGUGGAAGAGAACCAGUCCAUGGGCACGCCGUCCUCCGCUGCCAAACGCAAGAGGAAACUGGGCGGAGACAGCGAUGACGAUGAAGACGACGACGACGACAGCGAUGACCCGGCAGACGACGACGACGAGGAGGAGGAGGAGGAGAUGAAGAAGGUUAGAAAAGUGGAGAUGUAUGACGAGGAUGAUGUUGACCAUGCCACCAGCAUCGAGGAGCUGGAGAAGCAGAUUGAGAAGUUGGCCAAGCAACAUCAUCAGACCAGGAGAAAGCUGUUUGAGAUCUCUCACUCUCUGCGCUCCAUGAUGUACGGCCAGGACAGAUACCGCCGCCGGUACUGGGUCCUUCCCCACUGUGGAGGAGUCUUCAUUGAAGCCAUGGAGAGUGGAGAAGCACCAGAGGAGCUGGAGGAGGAACGGCAGAGGAGGAGACGGGCAGCCGAGGAGGUCAAGGUCAAAGAGGAACCUCAGGAGAUCGAGCUGGAGAAGGAGAAUCCUACCAGCCUUGAUGGAACGAGCAUUCGAACACAAGGCUUGGAGCAACAGAAAGAGGAUGAAAAGGAGCGCGAGGAGAAGAAAAACUCCCCGACAUUCUUUUACCAGCAACAAGGCUGUGUAUCCAAGCUGUGCUCAAUCCGGGACGUCAGCAAGGACUCUGGUAAAGGAAGUGUGAAAGCAGAGAGCAAGGAGAAUCCCCGUGUGAGACAAAAUGGCAGCCCUGUGGGUGCUGCUAAUACCACAACUUCUGUAAAUUCAUCCUCCCCCACUCACAAUACCUCUGAGCCUGCGGUAGCAACAACCCCCUCCAUGGUGACCACUAAUGACACUACAAACAUCCCUCCCCCAGCCUCCACCUCUUUAUCUGUCCCAUGCCAGCCAGCACAACAUGAAAGCCCAGGGAACACUCCCCCAUCCUCCUCCCCUGCUCCAUCUCCACUCUUCUCAUUCCAAGCCAAUGACCAGCUGCUCAGAGUUCUGACUGAGAGGAGUGGACACUGGUUCAGUCUGCUGCCUCGCAACCCAUGUGACCUCUCCUCCAUCACCACCACUCCUCCAGGGGCUCUCCGCUCAUCUUUCCCAGCAUCCUCCACACCAGCCAGGCCGAGAUCUCCACCUCCGUCCCCCGCGCUACCUCUCACCCCUUCCGCUGCCUCAGCCUCAACCAGUCCCCACCACCCAGCUGGCCUCCUCAACUACCCACUGUCAGCCCUGCAGGUGAAGUCAGGUGGUUCAUUGCUCGGAGCUUCUUUUGGAAGCUGGUCCAGUGGGAUGAUGAGUCCCAGCCUGCCUCUGUGCAGCAGCCCCAGCCCCAUGCCGGGUCACUCUCUGGAGGGCAACACGGCAGCAAGCAUCUCUAGUAAAAGUGAAUCACCUUUACCUCGCGUUGAGAAAACCUCUCCUCCCUUGGAAAUGCCCAAAUCCCUCGACCACCCCACACCUCGUCCAAUUCCAGAGGACAUACUGACAGGGUGGUGGCGGGUGUCUGACAUCGAGGAGCUGAGGGCUCUAGUCAAUGCUCUCCACAGCCGAGGCAUCAGAGAGAAGGGCCUCCAGAGGCAGGUGCAGAAAUACAUGGAGAUCAUCCCUCAGGUCUGCACCAAACACAGAGACGUGGCCAUGAUUGAGCUGCGUGAUCUGGAGGAGAGCCAGGUCAGCGUGGAGUCGGUGCGGGGCUGGUGUGUUGAGGAACAGGCGAUGGAGAUGGACAUUGCCGUGCUGCAGCAGGUGGAGGAACUGGAGAAGAAGGUCACUGCAGCCAGCCUGCAGACCAAGGGCUGGACAUUUUCAGACCCUCAGUCUGAGCGGGAAGACCUGGUGUAUUACGAGCACAAGCCACCCACGAAGUCAACGUCAGCAAACGGUGGCGACAAGGACUCGAAGGAGCAUCCAGAGGAGCGCGGGGAGAAGGGCGGGGUGAUGCGUCACCCGGACAACCCUCUGGACAUAGCAGUGACUCGUCUGGCUGAUCUGGAGCGCAACAUCGAGAGAAGGUACCUGAGGAGCCCCUUAGGUACCACCAUUCAGAUCAGGCUGGAUAAUGUGGGUACGGUCACUGUCCCUGCCCCCGCCCCAUCCACUAGUGCUGACAGGGAAGGUGGUGAGGAGGAGGUGGCUCAUGGUAUGAAGGUGUGGAGGAAGGCCUUGUGUGAAGUGCGCAGUGCUGCCCAGUUGGCCAUGUGUAUCCAGCAACUACAGAAGUCCAUCGCCUGGGAGAGGUCCAUCAUGAAAGUGUACUGUCAGAUUUGCAAGAAGGGUGAUAAUGAGGACCUCCUCCUGCUGUGUGACGGCUGUGACAAAGGCUGCCACACUUACUGUCACAAACCCAAGAUCACCACUAUCCCAGAGGGAGACUGGUACUGCCCGGUCUGCAUAUCCAAGGCAAGCGGUCCAUCCCCCAAAAACAAAAGGCCCCCAAGCAAACCAGUAGCAUCCAGCGGAGGAAGCAGCAAGAAGGCCGGAGAGGCGAAGAAGAACGGGAAGCAGACAGGAAACGGGGAAGUGUCGGAGGAGGACUCAGCCAGUGCCAGCAGCACACCCAAAAAAGGAGCAAAGGACACCAACAGGAAGAGGAAAGUGGAGGAGAGUUCACCUGCUGUGUCUGCAGCCAGUCAGGAGGCUCCUGUGUGCGUGAAGAGAGCUAAGACUGCUCGAGACAACAACAGGGACCUGGGAUUAUGCAGGGUACUCCUUGCCGAGCUGGAGCGGCAUCAGGAUGCGUGGCCUUUUCUCACACCCGUCAACCUGAAGUCAGUCCCUGGAUACAAGAAGGUCAUCAAGAAACCGAUGGACUUCUCCACCAUACGUGAGAAGCUUGUGAGCAGCCAGUAUCAAAAUCUGGAGACUUUCAUCAUCGACGUCAACUUGGUCUUUGAUAACUGCGAGAAAUACAAUGAAGACAAUUCAGACAUUGGCCGAGCCGGUCAUAACAUGAGGAAGUUCUUCGAGAAGCGCUGGACUGAGCUUCUGAAACAAACAAACUAACAGCGUGUGUUCAGGUCCUGCCCAGAAAUCCAUUCAGCGUUUCAUACCGGAGCACCAGGUUUUUGUUCUGUAGAGGAGGAAAAAAAUGGCUUUGCAGGAUGGAAGAAGAAGUCAAAUCUAACCCUAAAUAAGGAAUCACACAUGGUGUUCUUCGGAGAGAUGUAACCUUGAAAAAAACAACAACAACAACAAGUUAUUACCUGAGGUGCGUUGGAUUUAUUACAACAGGGAUAAAAGCCCCAAAGAGUCCCAGAGAAAUGGGGUGUCGUAGUGCAAUACCAUUCCCUGUCUCAGAACACUGCACUGAAUGAAUCCUCAACUGUCACUGAUGUGUCUGCGCUAGAAUACUUUCCACUACCUGUAAAUACCCUUUUGUUAUUUAAUCGUAUUAUAGUGAAUGUAUUUAAUUUUGUAAUAAUUAUUUAUGAAUCAAGGUCCACUUCAUUUUCUAUGAAAAGGAAGAGUCAGCUGAACUGCUUUGAAUUGAAAACGAAACAAAACAAACAAAAAAAAAAGGAAUGUGUCUUUGUGUUGUAAUUUUUUUUUUUUCCUCCCAAAUAUCAAACAAAGCCAAGAAAAAAAAAAAAAAACCUGUUUACACUGUUUAGUGCUUUGGGGCGUCACGGGACUGUAUUCAUUUGUUCAGACUGUAAAACUGCAUUAAUUUACAGGAGCAGCAGAGGAACAGUUAGACAAUGGUGAUUCAUGUGUAUAUACUGUUUAUUAAUGUCAAUAUUAUGUCUUGUUUGGAACGAUGUGUAAAAAUUGUUUAAGAAUAUUAAGAUAUUGUUUAUGCCUUAGAAUGAUUGUAGCAUUCUAUUUUAGUGAACGUGAUGAAAACAUUAUCAUAAAUAUUGUUUGUACAGUAUAUACAUAUCCUCUGCAAACACUGUGGUAUCCUUAAUCUUGGUAGUGCCUACCCUUCCAACAGGGGCAUGUAGGGGAUGUCGUUUUGUUUUAUUUUAUUGUUUAGUUUUCAUUCUUUAUGACCACAUUUUUUGUUUAUUUGUUUUUUAAAGUAUGAUUUCAAUCCAACAAGGCCUCCAAAGUUGGACAGUGACACAAGAAAUCAUUCCUCACCAUAGCAGACACAAAAAAAAAAAAAGGAGCGACGAGCGUUCGGUGAUGCUUCCAUGACGCAUUUCCUCGUCAUCUGCCACAAUACAGAGAGGACCUAAGGCCAUUUGUAACCACUGUGUUGAACCUUGCUGUGUGUUGUGGCCUGAUGGAGGCAGCUAGAUUUUUUUGUACCCAAGUCAAGAGUACUUGAAGUUACUUUAUUUAAGAUAUUGUGGAAUAAAAGUAUCAUUCUUUUGUAGGAGCUUUAUUUUUCACUAGUGUGUGGCACGGACCUAUUAAAAGGAUGUUUUUCAACGUAAA